GGAAAAGUAUUUUUGACGCUUCCCACCGACGGUCACACUAAAUUAAUAAAUGACAAUUUCAAGCAACCAAAAAAUCCUGAGAAAAUUGUUAAUUCUUGAAUUAUACCGACUACAUUAGUAUAGAAGGGGUGUGAAAACAACUGGAGAUCACGCUCAAGCAGCCCGCACGCUGCCCACGCCAGUACUGAUAAGUACGGGCCACGACAGAGACCCUGAAGGGAGUGUAGCAACAAUUGUUAUUUUCCGUCUGGCCUUUGGUGGGGGAGACAAAUCAGCCGCGGUCGGUUUUUAAUUAAAUUAUAUAGAAAACCCCAUACACCAGAGAGCGGAUUGACGGCGAGGUCGUCGAGGCCCACCCUGCGAUGGUCUUUAUACGCGAUCCCUGUGGCAUUGCCUGCCUGGUGAUGACUUAUGGCGCUGUACUAUAUGCUGACUAUGUGGUCAUACGUUGGAUUAUACUCACCACUAUGCCCGGAAGCAUUUGGACCUCUUUCCAUGUUGUGCUCUUCAACACUGUUGUCUUCCUGCUGGGCAUGUCCCAUACCAAGGCCGUCUUCUCCGACCCGGGUACCGUACCAUUGCCCGCCAACCGCUUAGACUUCUCGGAUCUGCACACCACAAACAAGAACAAUCCAGCUGGCAAAGGACACAGCAGCGAAUGGACAGUCUGCACUCGCUGUGAGACCUACCGACCGCCGCGUGCGCACCAUUGUCGGAUUUGUAAGCGGUGCAUUCGUCGCAUGGAUCACCACUGUCCCUGGAUCAAUAAUUGUGUGGGCGAACGCAAUCAAAAGUAUUUCCUACAGUUUCUCAUUUAUGUGGCCGUUUUAUCGCUUUACUCCUUGGGCCUCAUUAUUGCCUCUUGGGUGUCGCCGUGCGAGGAAUGCAAUCAAAAUGUGAUUGAGUCUCAACUGAGAAUGAUUCAUUCUGUCAUCUUGAUGCUGGUUUCGGCUCUCUUUGGGCUCUUCGUUACCGCCAUUAUGGUCGAUCAACUGCAUGCUAUACUGUACGAUGAGACGGCUGUCGAGGCGAUACAGCAGAAGGGCACCUACAGGCCAAAUCGGCGCAAAUAUCAGCUCCUGGCAGAUGUCUUUGGACGCGGUCACCCGGCACUGUGGCUGCUGCCGUGCACCAGCUUGAAUCACUCCUCCCGCUACCACGACACACCCCUGCUUAGCCACGAUGUCUAGGCCGUGUGAGUGUUUGUUUGUGAAACGCAUAUGCAUACCCCGUUAUAGCCUUCCUUCCGUAUAAAUUGAAUUCCCUCCCCUUUUGUUUAUGUGCGUUCGCCUCAGCCUCAGAGUGUUUUUAGUUUUUAAUCAUAUUGUGUGAUUUUUUUAAGUAGUCCAGAAAGUCCCACAGCAAGUCGAAAUAUCACGAUUCCAGUUACUGGAUUUCUGUGUAUUAUUACACAGAUUCCAGACUUAAUUUAUGCUUUAGUUUAUAAUGAAAUGAUAUUAUAAAUACAGAAGAGUUAGGGAGAGCAGCUGGGCAGCAUACUCAAGACGGACGCGGAUAUUUUAUAAAGAACUUUAUGCAAUUGCUAGACAUAACACCAACGUGGAUGUAAAUCAAUGGAAUCUUCGGCAAACCGAAGUCUAAACAGUCCCCUCUACCCCUUGCUGGCAGCUGGAAAGCAAAGGGUGGAAUCUUAAGCAUUUAAUAAGAAACCGAAAGGUAAUGCAUAUACCAAAAAAACCAAACAAAACCAUUUAUACAUUAUGUGUGUAUGUAGCUUGGGCGGCAAAAAAUGUGCAGUAAUAGUUCGUAUUAAAUGUAAUCAACUUUAA